CUUGUACCCUUGACGCUUGCGCGCAGCCGGAGCCGCCGCGCUCAGGGGGGGUGGCGCUGCCGAGCGCCGGUGCGCCGUCGCCAUGGUAACCGCAGAAGCCCGGGCCUAGGGAGCGGUAUUUUUGGAGUUAAUGGAGUCAGAAGGACCCCCAGAGUCAGAGAGUUCAGAAAAAUCAAUAUUUUUCUCACAGCAAGAAGAAGAGGAAGAAGAUGAUAAUGAAGAAGAAGAAGAAGAAUCCAAAGAAGCAGAGGAAACUGUCACCAUUAAUCCCCUCUUACCCCCUGCUCUCACAGGGGAUGUAGAAGGUUUGCAGAAGAUUUUUGAGGAUCCUGAGAACCCUCACCAUGAACAGGCCAUGCAGUUACUCUUGGAAGAAGACAUUGUUGGGAGAAAUUUGUUGUAUGCAGCUUGCAUGGCUGGGCAAAGUGAUGUGAUUAGAGCUUUAGCCAAAUAUGGUGUGAAUCUGAAUGAAAAAACCACCAGAGGUUACACACUCCUACACUGUGCUGCAGCCUGGGGUCGUUUGGAAACUUUGAAAGCACUGGUGGAAUUGGAUGUUGAUAUAGAAUCUCUGAACUUCCAGGAAGAGCGAGCUCGAGAUGUUGCUGCUCGGUAUUCCCAGACUGAGUGUGUUGAGUUCCUGGACCGGGCAGAUGCAAGGCUGGCGCUAAAAAAAUAUAUCGCAAACGUCUCUGCAAUUGUUACAGAUACAGCAAAGGGACCAGGGAAGCUUUUUAAGGAAGACAAGAAUACCAUCCUCAAUGCAUGCCAUAUAAAAAAUGAAUGGCUGGAAACCCAUUUAGAAGCUUCCAUUAAUGAGCUUUUUGAGCAGAAACAGCAAUUGGAAGAUAUUGUGACUCCUAUCUUCACAAAAAUGGCUACACCACGGGACACAGGUUCGAUCCCUGCACCGGGAGGAUCCCACAUGCCAUGGAGCAGCUAAGCCCGUGUGCCACAACUACUGAGCCUGCACUCUAGGGCCCACAAGCCACAGCUACUGAGCCCACGCGAUGCAACUACUGAAGCCCGUGUGCCUAGAGCCUGUGCUCUGCAACAAGAGAUGCCUCCGCAAUGAGAAGCCCACGCACUGCAAUGAAGAGUAGCCCCCGCUCGUUGCAACUAGAGAAAGCCCGUGCAUAGCAAUGAAGACCUAACACAGCCAAAAAUAAAAUAAAUAAAUUUUUAAAAAGUACUGAAUUAUAAGCUUCAAAGUUUGGACUUUACUUUCAAUGCAGUGGGUUGCCAUUAAAGGCUUUGUUUGGGGUAGGAGAGACGAGGGAUUAAGUAGUGGAGAAUAAUCUGGCUGUCCUUGCAAAAUGGAUUGGUGGGAGAAGAGACCAGAGAGAGUGAGACCAGUAUAGUCCAGGAAUGAGAUGGUUAAGACGAGUUGUUGGUUAUACAGUUCACUUCCCACCUUUCCCCCCCAAGCUACCACUAUUAUUAGUCUGGCCCAACAACCCUCCCUCCUUCCCUUCUCAUCUCUGAGGAAGAAUUGCAGAGGCUCCAAUCAAGAUGGUGGAAUAGAACGAUGUGGAGCUCACCUUUUCCCACAAAUACAUAAUGAAUACAUCUACAUGUGGAACAGUUAUCACAGAAUACCUAUUGAAUUCUGGCAGAAAAUCUCAGACACGCAGAAGUGCGAGGAACAUCUCCAUGUAACUGGGUAGGAUGAAAGAAAAAAAAAAAAAGGAAGCAAGCAGGAUAGGACCUGUGCCCCUGGGAGAGAGCUAUGAAAGAGGAAAGGUUCUCGUACCCUGGGAAGCCCCCGCACAGGUGGAGAGAUCACCUGGGACAGAAAGGGAGCUUCAGAGGCUUGGAGGAGAGCGUAGAAGCUGGUUUGCAGCAGGAAGAACAGAGAGAGACCGGCACAGAGGAUCUGUGCUGCCUUGCUGAAGUCCCCAGUCCGAGAUGUGGACCUACGUGUGAGGGCUGUUUGCAAAAACUCGGGCUUCAGAGGACAGACCUGGGGAGAGUACUGGGGUUAACCCUGCGGAGGCAGCCUGAAGGGCCUGGAGUGUGGUAAGGGCUGCAACCAGGAUGUUGCAGGAUGUAUGUUGCAGGAUGUAUGUGGAAGAAGCCAGGCCCACCAUAGAAGUGAAGUGCCAUUGUUAAGAGGCACUCGAAGAGAAGGAUAGGACCCGCCAUUGCAACCUCACUUUUGGCAUGCUUACGGCCAGUGUGUGCCGCCAUUGAAACCCCAUUGUUAAUGCAUAAGUGAAGUGGGGGGUGGGGCUUGCCAUAGCAGCCUCUUUCUCAUUGCCACCUCUAUGAGCUCUGGGAGCAUGCAAGCACCAGCAGGUUGCCCACACGUGGAGGCGGGGUGGAAAGCAGAGCCUUCCCCCCAUGGCAUGUGAUCCACAGCACCGCCGCUUGCUUUGUAAACUCAGUGCCUGUGGGACAUCCGAGUGGACAACGGGUGCUCCUAUGGCUGGGACGGGUCUGGCCUUAGCAGCUGUGGGCUUUGUGGCUGCAUGCACGUGGAGGUGGGGCCAGAGUCUGGGCUACUUCCCUAGCUCCCAUGGCAGGUCCAGGUGCGCAACUGCUGUGGUCCUGGUACCUGACUUCAGUGGAUUGACGCCUAUGGAUCUGUGCUGGUGGCUUUGUGAUCACAGCGCCUGAGGGGCACCAGGGCUGAUAGCCUGCAUUCCCACAGUGGAGGCGGGGCCGAGGGUAGUGUGCACAACAGUGUACUUUGUGAGCUCAUGCAGUGGGUGACAGGUGACAUCACAGAGUGAACUCCCCGAUGGACAGCUCCGAUGGAGGAAUACUCAGUGGCUUCUCUUCCAGUGGGAGCGCUCCAAUCCUGCCUACGUCACACUGCAGCUUAGAAAUGGAUCUGGGGGCUUCUAUGCCAACAACUAGGGAGCAGACCCUGCCCCCAGCAGGGCGCUAACAACCACAGAGCAAAGAGGAGGCCCCGUUCAACAUCCAACACCUACUCUGUUCUCCACAACAUCAGUCAUAUCCCCGUCAGUGGGAUAACAGCCAGCAGACACUGAGGAAAGAUGUGGCAGCCAUCCAUACUAAAAAACAGCCCUUGCACCAAAAAUAUUAAACCCACACAAGCUACACAGGGACACUUCUACAUAAAAAUAGCCCUCCAAGACCACAGUAGAUAAUUGUUUCUACUAAACUCAUAGAGUAAGAGAAAUAUAAGUAAAAUGAAGAAUGAGAGGGACCACUCCCGAUUAAAAGAUCAAGAGAAUUCCCCUGAAAGAACAAAUAAUGAAACAGACCUCUUCAGUCUAAUAGACACCGAGUUUAAAAAGGAGGUACUGAAAAUACUGAAGGAAUUAAGAAGGGCUAUUGAUAGAAAUGCAGAUUACUGUAAAAAGGACCAGGAACUAUAAAGAGGAACCAAGACAAAUUAAAAGACUUAUUUGCUGAGAUGAAAGCUGAGUUUAAGGCAAUAAGUAGCAGAUUGAAUAAUGUAGAAGAACAAAUAAGUGAUCUGCAAGUUAGAAUAAUGGAAAUCACCCAAUCAGAACAGCAGACAGAAAGCCAAAUGAAAAAAAAUUGAAAGCAAUAUAAGAGACCUAUGGGAUAAUAUAAAGCACGCCAGUCUACACAUAAUAAGGAUCCCAGAAGGAGAAGAAAGAGAAAAGGGAAUCAAAAAUGUAUUUGAAGAAAUUAUGGCUGAAAACUCCCCAAACCUAAAGAAGGAAACAUAUCCAGGUACAGGAAGCACGAAGGGUCCCAAACAUGAAGAACAGACCUACACCAAGAUAUACUCUAAUUAAAAUGGCAAAAGUGAAAGAUAAAGGGAGGAUUCUAAAGGCAGCAAGAGGAAAACAAGGAGUUAAUUACAAGGAAACCCCCAUAAGGCUAUCAGCUGAUUUCUCUACAGAAAUGUUGCAAGCCAGAAGGGAGUAGCAAGAUAUAUUCAAAGUCCUGAAGGGAAAAAUCUGCAAUAUAGGAUACUCUACCUGGCAAGAUUAUCAUUUAAAAUAGGAGAGAUAAAGAAUUUCUCAGACAAGCAAAAGCUAAAAGAAUACAGCAAUAUUAAACCUGUUCUAAAGGAAAUAUUGAAAGGUCUUCUCUAAAUAGAAAAGAAGCAAGAAUCUAUAGGAAAGAGAAAAUCACAAUUGGAAAGUAAAUUACUUAAAUAAAUCAGUACACAGAUUUUUUUUUUUUUGGUCAAGUUUCAUGGUUUUAUUAACACAAAUACAAUGUGCCCAUGAGCAAUCUAUUCAUUUUCUCUCUUUCUUUUUUUUUUUUUUGCGGUAUGCAGGCCUCUCACUGUUGUGGCCUCUCCUGCUGCGGAGCACAGGCUCCAGAUGUGCAGGCUCAGCGGCCAUAGCUCACGGGCCCAGCCGCUCGACAGCAUGUGGGAUCUUCCUGGACCGGGGCACGAACCGGUGUCCCCUGCAUCAGCAGGCAGACUCUCAACCACUGCGCCACCUGGGAAGCCCUCUAUUCAUUUUCUUUGCUGCAUAGCCUGGUGUUGGGAUUGGUGACUGUGGUAGCUAGCUGGGCUGCUCUUUCCACAAUGGUUUUGUGGUUCUUGGAGGAGAUGUGAGCAAUCUCAGCACAGUAAGAUUUGUUGCACAACAGUGGCGCUUCAAGCUCCUUGACAUUGUGGACCAGGAACUUCCAGAUGCUGCUGGGCAGCAUCUGCUUUGUUUUCUUGUUGCUCCCAUAACCAAUGUUGGGCAUCAAGAUCUGGCCCUUGAAUCUCCUGUGCAUCCUGUUGUCAAUGCUUCUGGAUUUCUGUCAGUUCUGCUUAAUUUUGACAUAUUGAUCUGACUGGUGCUUGAUGACCUUCUUGGUCCUCUUUUUGACAACCUUGGGCUUUACGAGGAGUCUGUCCAACAAAUUGGACAACUUAGAACAAAUGGACACAUUUCUAGAAACACAGCCUACCAAAACUGAAUCAAAAAGAUACAGGUAAUUUGAAUAGACUGAUCUCUAGAAGUGAAAUAGAAUCUGUUAUAAAAAAAAUUCCCUACAAACAAAAGUCCAGGACCAGAUGGCGUCACAGGAGAAUUCUACCAAACAUACAAAGAAGAACUUAUACCGAUCCUUCUCAAACUCUUCCAAAAGACUGAAGAGGAGGGAACACUCCCACUAUCACCCUGAUACCAAAACCAGACAAAGACACAACCAAAAAAGAAAAUUACAGGCCAAUGUCUCUGAUGAAUAUAGAUGCAAAAAUUCUCAACAAAAUACUAGCAAAAUGAAUCCAACAACAUAUAAAAAAGUCAUACACCAUGACCAAGUUGGAUUUAUCCCAGUGUCACAAGGUUGGUUCAACAUAUGCAAGUCAAUCAGUGUGAUACACCACAUCAAUAACAGACAAAAACCACAUGUUCCUCUCAUUAGAUGCAGAAAAAGAGUUUGAUAAAAUUCAACAUCCAUUCAUGAUAAAAACUCUUAUGAAAGUGGGUAUAGAGGGAAUAUUAUCUCAACAUAAUAAAAGCUAUUUAUGACAAACCCACAGCCAAUACAGUACUCAACAGUGAAAAGCUGAAAGCCUUCCCGCUAAAAUCUGGAACAAGACAGGAUGCCCACUCUCACCACCUCUAUUCAACAUAGUUUUGGAAGUACUAGCCACAGCAAUCAGACAAGAAAAAGAAAUAAAAGAUAUCCAUAUUGGUAGGGAAGAGAUAAAAUUGUCAUUAUAUGCAGAUGACAUGAUACUAUAUAUUGAAAACCAUAAAGACUCCACACAAAAACUAUCAGAACUGAUAAUUGCAUUCAGGAAGGUAACAGGAUACAAGAUUAACAUACAGAAAUUGGUUGCAUUUCUUUACACGAACAAAGAAAUGUCAGAAAGGGAAUGUAAAAAGAAAAUCCCUUUUAAAAUUGCAUCAAAAAAAUACUUAAGAAUAAACCUGACCAAGGAGAUGAAAGACUUAUAUGCUGAGAACUAUAAAACAUGAAUAAAGGAAAUGGAAGAUGAUUCAAAGAAAUGGAAAGAUAUCCCAUGCUCUUGGAUUGGAAGAAUUAAUAUUGUUAAGAUGGCCAUACUGCUCAAAGCAAUCUACAGAUUUAAUGCGAUCCCUAUCAAAUUGCCCAUGAUAUUUUUCACAGAACUAGAACAAAUAAGCCUAAAGUUUAUAUGGAACCAUAAAAGACCCAGAAUUGCCAAAGCAAUCCUGAGGAAAAAGAACAAAGCAGGUGACAUAACCCUCCCAGACUUCAGACAAUACUGCAAAACUACAGUAAUCAAAACAGCGUGGUAUUGGCACAAAAACAGACAUAUGGAUCAGUGGAACAGAAUAGAAGGCCCUAAAAUAAACCCACACACCUGUGGUUGAUUAAUCUUUGACAUAGGAGGCAAGAAUACACAAUGGGAAAAAGACAGUCUCUUCAGCAAGUGGUGCUGGCAGUUGGACAGCCACAUGUAGAUCCAUGAAGUUAGAACACACCCUCACACCAUACACAAAAAUAAAUUCAAAAUGGCUUAAAGACUUAAAUAUAAGACAUGACACCAUAAAACUCUUAGAAGAGAACAUAGGAAUAACAUUCUCAGACAUAAAUCGUAGCAAUGUUUUCUUAGGUCAGUCUCCCAAGGCAGUAGAAAUAAAAGCAAAAAUAAACCAAUGGGACCUAAUCAAACUUAAAAGCUUUGAGAAAAUAUUUGCAAAUGAUGCCACCGACAAGGGCUUAAUUUCCAAAAUAUACAAAUGGCUCAUACAACUCAAUAACAAAAAAACAACCCAAUCAAAAUAUGGGCAGAAGACCUAAAUAGACAUUUCUCCAAAGAAGACAUACAGAUGGCCAGUAAACACAUGAAAAGAUGUUUAUCAUCAUUAAUUAUUAGAGAAAUGCAAAUCAAAACUACAAUGAGGUGCAACCUCACAUCAGUCAGAAUGGCCAUCAUUAAAAAGUCUACAAGAAACAAAUGCUGGAGAGGGUGUGGAGAAAAGCGAACCCUCCUGUGCUGUUGGUAGGAAUGUAAAUUGCUGCAGCCACUGUGGAAAACAGUAUGUAAGUUCCUCAAAAAACUAAAAAUAGAGUUGCCAUGUGAUCCAGCAAUCCCACUUCUGGGCAUAUAUCCAGAAACAAUUGUAAUUCAAAAAGAUACAUGCACCCUUAUAUUCAUAGCAGCACUAUUAACAAUAGCCAAGACAUGGAGACAACCUAGAUGUCCCUCAACAGAUGAAUGGAUAAAGGUGUGGUACAUAUAUGCAACAGAAUGCUACUCAGCCGUAAAAAAGAAUGAAAUAAUGCCAUUUGCAGCAAUAUGGAUGGACCUAGAGAAAGAGAAAGGCAAAUAUGAUGAUAUCACGUACAUGUGGAAUCUAAAAUAUGACACAAAUGAACUUAUCUACGAAACAGAAACAGACUCACAGACAUAGAGAACAGGCUUGUGUUUGCCAAGGGGGGGUAGGGGAGGGAUGGGUUGGGAGUUUGUAAUUAGCAGAUGCAAAUUAUUAUAUAUAGAAUGGAUAAACAACAAGCUUCUACUGUAUAGCAGAGGGAACUAUAGCCAAUAUUCUGUAAUAAGCCAUAAUGGAAAAGAAUAUGAAAAAGAAUAUAUAUGUAUAUAUACAUAUAUAUGUAUAACUGAAUCACUUUCUGUACAGCAGAAAUUAACACAACAUUGUAAAUAUAAUAUACUUCAAUUAAAAAAAAUUGCCUCUUUACCCAAGUCCUCUCUGUCCCCUCCAAGCACCCCAGUAUCUUGCAUGUUCAUAUUAUAGAAAUGUUAGAUCUUGAUGGAACCUCUGAAAUGACCCCCUUGUUUUACAAUGAAGAAAGUGCAGACACAUGAGGUUAAGCAGUUUAUUCACAUGGCUGAAUUAGGAACAGUAAUACUGAUUAUAUAAGUGUGAUCUCACAGCUUUAAAUAUUAAAAAAAAAGGUGGGAAUACUUGAAUUGACAUACAAACAUCAAGGUUUCAUUAAUGACUGGUUCAGCCUUGGACAUUAUGAUUUAUUUCAUGCCCAUUGUUUUUAAAAACUGGCUUCAUUUUUGUUUGCUAUAGCAAGCUAAUUAAAUGUAAUUUAAAAAUC